AUGUCUAAAGAGUCAGAUAAGCAAGAGUUUUUAAAAGUCUUUCAAAUUCUCGUCGAAGAAUUUCUUGAUCUAGUUCGAGAGUAUAAAUUUCCCACAGAGUCUGUCGAAUGGAUAAAGAAAAAUCUUUAUCAUAAUGUUUCUGGAGGAAAAUUGAAUCGUGGUUUGUCUGUGGUUGAUACCCUAAAAAUUGUAAAAAAUAAUAAAGUUUCCGAAGAGGAACUUUUCAAAGCCCGGGUUCUAGGUUGGUGUAUAGAAUGGUUACAAGCAUUUUUCCUUGUCGCUGAUGAUAUAAUGGAUCAAUCGAUUACACGUCGUGGUAAACCUUGUUGGUAUCGUAUGGAUGGUGUUGGUAAUAUUGCCAUAAAUGAUGCUUUUAUUCUUGAAUCCGCUGUUUAUUGCUUUUUGAAAAAGCAUUUCCGUAAUGAACCAUAUUAUAUCGAUUUAAUUGAAUUAUUUCAUGAGACUACUUUUCAGACAGAACUUGGUCAAUUGCUGGAUUUGACCACUGCUCCUGAGGAUCAUGUUGACUUGAGCAAGUUUAAUCUUGAAAAACAUAGAUUUAUUGUUAUAUUCAAAACCGCUUUCUAUUCAUUUUACCUUCCAGUGGCAUUGGCUUUGCGAAUGUCUGGUAUCAAAGAAGAAUCAGCGUAUAAACAGGCUAAAGACAUUCUAAUACCUUUAGGCGAAUAUUUUCAAAUUCAAGACGAUUAUCUUGAUUGUUAUGGUGAUCCUGAUGUUAUUGGGAAAAUAGGCACUGAUAUCGAAGAUAACAAAUGUUCAUGGCUUAUCAACCAAGCAUUGGACAAGGCCUCCCCCGAACAACGUAAACUCUUGGAUGAAAACUAUGGCAAGAAAAAUCCCGAAAAUGUCGCGAUUGUCAAAAAAAUCUUUCGAGAUCUUGAGAUUGAAGCACUUUUCAAGAAGUAUGAAGACGAUUCCUAUUCACGUAUUAAUAAACUUAUUUCGCAAUUGGACGACAAGUCUGUGCUGAAACGUGAAAUUUUCACCACGUUUAUGGACAAAAUUUACAAGAGAACAAAAUAA